UGGCCUUAUUCUUUCCAGUUGUCCAAUGCCGACGCCCAGGCGGCCGUUUUCCUUCCUUCUGCUCCUGCUCCGCACUUCCCUCGUCGCCCUCUCCCUUCUCCUCUUCCUCCUCGCCUGCAAUGGCCUAGGCCUCGGCCUCCUCUGCCUCUCCAACGACCCUCCUUUCACUCCUCUGCGUGACCCCAUCCCAAAGACAUCUUCUUUGCUUGUUUUGAGUGAAGAAACACCUAUCCCCACGCCCGGAUGCCUCCACAGUUCUCACCUUUUGCGGGAUGACGGCCCUCCAUCCACUCCUGCGCUUGACCCGAAUCCAAAGACCGCUUCUUUGGACGUUCUGAAUGAAGAAAUUCCGAUCCCCAAGCCCGAAACUGAUCCAAGUUCUCACCUUUUCCCUGAUAAUGGCCCUCCUUUAACCCCUCCGCGGGAUACGAUCCCAAAGUUCUCUUCUUUGCCCACCCCGAGGGAAGAAACCGGACUCCCCAAGCCCAAAUCCCUCCAAAGUUCCCUCCUUUUGCCGGAUUCCAACGGUGGGCAUCAUCCAACGAUCAUCCAGUCCAACUUCUCUCUGCCUUCCAGGAAGCCGAAGUGGUCGAAAAGGAGCAAGCUUUUUCUCAGGUUCCUUCGCCCCAGUGCUCGGUCAAGUCUGUUCGCCGCAAGAGUUGCGGAGUUUUUUCAUGGGUACCGCUCCAAUUCCCCAAAUUCUCCUUACAAGCAUCGUUUCUUCAUGACUUGGAUCUCCUCCGUAGCUUUCGGCCCCAGGGAGUUGUUUGCAGUUGAGAGCUUGUUCAAAUCCCAUCAAAAUGCCUGCUUGCUCAUUGUUUCCAACACUAUGGACUCGGGGAGAGGCGAGAAAUUGUUGAGACCCUUCACCGAGAGGGCCUUUCAGGUGGUCGCCGUGUCGCCAGACUUGGGCUACCUCUUCAAGAACACGCCUGCCGAGCGUUGGUUCAAUCGGCUCUUGAGAGGGGAAAUCGAUCCCGGAGAGGUCUCCCUAGGCCAGAAUCUCUCCAACUUGCUCCGGCUUGCAAUCUUGUACAAGUAUGGAGGAGUCUACAUUGACACUGAUGUCAUAGUUGUGAGAAGCUUCGACGGUCUGAGAAAUGCCAUUGGCGCACAGACUGCCGAUGCCGAGACCGGGAACUGGAGCCGGUUGAACAAUGCUGUAAUGGUAUUUGAUGAGAAGCAUCCGCUUGUUUAUGAGUUCAUCGAGGAGUUCGCGAGGACCUUCGAUGGGAGCAAGUGGGGUCACAAUGGACCUUACCUCGUUUCGAGGGUGGUUGCGAGGGUGGCAGGGAGGCCUGGCUUUGAAUUUAGAAUAUUACCACCUGCGGCAUUCUAUCCGGUGGAUUGGAGCAGGAUAAGGGGCCUGUUUCGGGGACCCAGAGAUGGGAGCCAUUUCAAGUGGGUGGUGGCAAAGCACAAAUGGAUUCAUGGAGAGAGUUUUGCUUUGCACCUAUGGAACCGGCAGAGCAAGAGAAUGAAGGUUGAGGAGGGGAGCGUCAUUGGAAGAAUUAUGUCGGAUUGCUGUCUGUUUUGCAAUUCUUCGAGGAAUGCGAUUCCAGUAGUAACAAAGGGCCGUUUGGAGGAUGAAGUGAUGAUAAUUUGAUCUCUAUUCUCUAUUUCUGAUCAAAGUAAGGGUAAUGGAUCACCUCGGUCCAUUCCGUGAUUGCAGACUCCGCAGUGGAGGGAGCAAAGUCGCUGAGAAUUCUUUACUCUUCUACUACUCCGCAUGCACCUUACAGAUAUCUUCUUUAAUAAAGUGUUGUACUGGAGAAGGUGUUAACAUCAAUAAACUUUGCUUACUGCCAAGUUUUUCAUCCAAA